AUGUCCCGAAGGGCCUCGGCCGCCGCCGCCGCCGCUCCCUGGCCCAGGUCGAGAGUGGGCAACAGGUCGAUUCGGGGGCAAAUAUCGGCUCCGAUGCCCAUCCAGGCCCCGACGGACGAUGAGUUUCCCAUGAGGCAACCCGGCGUCAUGGUGGCGACGCCCUCGGAGGCGGCCCACGCCGCCGGCCAGCUCGAGCUCGACAGUCGUCAGCAGCCGCCGCGGCGAGCCGACGAUUCCCUGUUCCCCCAUUCCCGUUCCGUUCUCAACGAUGCCACCGAGUCGGAGCAGGACGAUCGCUAUGCGUUUGGGGACACGACCUCGUCGCGACGGGUGACGCCCGGCCAAUCGCCGUGGAUGGGCAGGGAGUCGCUCACCGAUAGCCCGACAUCCAAAGAGCCAUCGCCACCGAGGUCGGGUUUCAAGUCGGCACUGAGAAAGCUCUUUGGACGAAAGAACAAGAAGCCCAUCGUUGACACCACGGCCGGUUCAGAGAUGGAAACGCGGCGACCGGUUUCCAUGUUUCAACCCCGUCAAGUACGUGAUGAUGACGAUGCCGAGCCAUCACCUGCGCGGUGGUGCGCCCCCCUUCCGUCACCGUGCUCACAAAUCAUGCAGGAAACGACGGGCGAGAUUAGGCUGUUCAAAACGAGGCCUGCCAAUCCAAACCAGCCGUCCAUGCCCAUGACCGCCAUGGCCAUAACCGAGUACGAUCGGGCCUUGCGCUCUCACUCCAUCGGCCCGGAAGACGUCAUGGCCAUCCGAAGCGCCCGAAACUCGGUCGCCAACGAGGUCAAGGUGCCACCCAGAAUCAUGCUGUCCCCCGACAACACCGCCACUCACCAGGCCGGCCCGCGCUGGACCGAGGAGAGGAGGUUUACGGGCCUGUCGCCGCGCCCCGCGAGCUCCCAGGAUCGUGCGACGAGGCUGGCAGACUAUAGCGAGGACCCGACCGAAAUUGGCCGCGCCAUCACGAGCGAUUCCAAGCGCAUGAAACGCCGAUCAAGAAGCGUCUCCGGCUACCCGGUCACGGGCGGCGUCUCGCGCGCCCCCAAGCCCGAUGAGUCCCGUCAGUGGCGAGAGAGCUGCGACCUUCCCAUCAUGUCGACCAGCUCCUCGAGCCCGACCGACACGGAAGCCGACGACGUCUCGGCCGAGGAGGAGGAAACGGUCAUCAUUCUCCAGCAGCCGCCCGCCACUGCCGUUGUGCCUUUUGCCCUCACGGACGCUCAUGAGCAGUAUGUGAAGGAGCUGCCCGACCUUCCGACGAUGCACGAGGCUGGCGUGCAUGAAGGUUCACGCUUGAACGGCCUUGCUGCCCGCUUGAGUCGACUGGAGGAGGCUUUCGAGACGCUUGGAAGUGCCAACUUCCUCGGCGGCACCGGCCCGCCGAGCCGAGAACCUCCACCGAUUCCCAUCGCGGCUCCCGCCCUUUCGUACUCUGCCAGUCCCGUUGGCAUGGGCUAUUCUCCAACGCCGACGCGUCCUUCCCCACGCGAUGUGCAUCCGUCCAACAGGUCCUUUGACGGCAGGUCUGGCCGUGAAGAUUUCACCAACCUAGCAGCCACGACACGAGAUGCCGUCGGUACGCCAUCCAUGUCCAACAACAUCGAUGGCGCCGUCACCAUGGAACACUACGCGACCCUCCUGGCUCUCCUGGAAACGGAGCGCUCCGCCCGACAAGUGUUGGAAUCGCAAGUCAGGACCCUCAGUCACCAGAUCAACGUCAUGGCCAAGAUUUCGGGGUACGGCUCCGUGCCGAGUGACACCACAUCCGUCGCUCGUUCGCCCGGGGGAGCCUCGGCCUUUGACCACGACGACGACGAUGACGACGACGACGACGACGGUGACGACGACGAUUACCACAGCGUCAACGGCAGAUCGCACGUUGGACUUGCCAUAGAUGAUACCGGGGUUGCCGCAGGCGUCAUCGAGGACGACGAAUUUGCCGACGCAUUCAUGACGCCCACAGAGGCCGAAGGAAACUACAAUGCCUUCAGCGACGAGAAUGACUCCAGCCUCAAAUCGGCGAGUCGGACCCUUCCCCUAUCGCAGCUUACGCUGGGCAAUCCUCCACCAUCGACGAUGCAACAGGUUCCGGCCCAAGCCAUGUAG